AAAUUUUGGCCCUUGUUGAGCUCUUAAAAAACAAUUCGCGAACUUGAUUUUUUGGUCCGUAUACUUGGUCACUUCAAUAUGCUACGAGGAGCAGCUAGAUUUGCCAGACCUACGACCUGUCACAUUGGUAGAAAUCUGACAGUUCGUGCUCUUUCUGCCCGUUCGUAUACAACGGCAGUCGAGUCAUCGACGACGACUCAAAAGAGUGGAUCCGUGGCCAAGAAAUUGCUAUGGUUUACCAUGUUUGGUGUCACCAUGUACUCUGGCGCGACUUACUUUGCCUUGAAAAAUGAAGCUUUUUACGACACGUAUACCACCUACGUUCCUGGGGGCGAGCAAUUACUCGAUGCUUUGGAAGACGCCAUGCAGAAUCGCCAGCUUAAAGAUUAUCUCGAGAAAACCAACCAAUGGAAAAAUGAGGCUUCGGUUCAUGCCAAUUCUGCUAAGCAAACUGCACUUGAUGCCAAGGAAACUGUGAUGGAAUGGUACGAAUAUGGCGCCGAGGCUUUCGCUCAAUUGACCGGCCAGAAGGAACCUGUCGCUUUGCCUUCAGCAGGCGGUCCUGAACCUGUCAAGAAGAAGAAGAAGAGAGUCGUUCCUCAGAAAGCUAUUUUCGCCAAUGUGAUUACGGGUGGUGACCCGGUCGAUAUCCCCGAGUUUCCCGAAAGCUCGGAUCCCUCCAUCAACCAACUGGCAGCGACCGUCCAGAAGCUUGUUGCUUCGUUGAAUGACGCCGGUCUUUGCGGUCAUGCUCGUCGAUUGGUCGACUUUGCCACACGUGAUUUGAAAGCAUUGAACGACAACCUGGAUCUCAUUCAAAAGGAACAGACCCAGUUGCACGAAGCUGUGAAUGCCUUGACAGCCAAAGCUCAAGUCGUCGAAAACGAUGUCAACCAACACUGCAGUGAUGUCCACGCUAAAGUGGUCUCUGCCCGAAAGAAAGCCAAUGUCCGUGUUGCCGAUAAAGCCGACGAUUUGAAACAGCAUUUCGCAUCUGAAUCUGCUGCUUUGCAACAAGAGCUUAGAGAGGGAGGCGAAAACGAAUUGGCCGUGGAACGUGAAGCACAACUUGCCAUGAUGGUAGAAGCUUUGCAAAAGCAGGCCAUUGAAAUCCAGGAACGAUACGUGGAUGAAGUGCAACAACAGGUGGAAACCGAACGGGGUGGUCGUUUGUCCAAGGUGGACCAGGUCAUGGUUCGUCAGGCCGAUUUGGAGAAGCUGGCUUACACUGAUGCCGAACACUUGGAUGACGCUCGCCGAGCGCACCAAUUGGUCAUUGCUACGGAUAGUUUGAAGAAGGCUGCGCUGUCCGGCAAUCGCAAGGCGUUCCAGGCCGAAUUACGUACUCUGUUAGUUCUGAGUGCUCCCAAUUCGCCUUUUGCCAGCUUGUCCGAGAAACGACGGGAUGAACUGAUUCAAGUGGUCGCUUCCAGCAUUUCGGACCUGACGGCUCAGCACGGUAUCGAUUCAUUAGCUCAGUUGGUGACCCGAUUUGACGUUGUUGCUCGCGAAGUGCGUCGCGCUUCUCUUAUUCCUGAAGAAGGCAGCAUCAUGUCUCACGUUGUUUCCGCGAUGCUGAGCAAGUUGAUGUUUGCCAAGCAGGGCUUGGUCGAAGGAGAAGAUGUGGAAGCGCGUUUGGCUCGUGCCGAAUACUAUUUGCAACACCAAGACGAUUUAGAAAGCGCCGCUCGCGAACUGAACCAACUGAAAGGAUGGCCUAAACGCUUAGCUUCUGAUUGGUUACAGGCCGCUCGUCGUCAUUUGGAAGUGAAGCAGGCUGUAGAGAUUUUGCGCGCUCAAGCCACAUUGACCAGCAUGCUCGCUGCCGAAUAAUGAUCCAAAAAGACAAAAUAUUUAUCACAAAAAAGAUUCCAUGUUCAUCGCUUUGCUUUUCUUUUUUCUUCUUGUUUUUCUUAAAACCAUCCAUCCAAUUUUUUCCGUCAUCAAUAGACUUUAGGGAAUCCUCGUUUUAGUUGUAUGCAACUGUUUAGUGUUUGUUUUAUCUGUUGGUGGCA